GGGCUCUCUGGGUCUUGCGAGGUCCCAUGGAAACUCCACAUUCCAGGUCUCUGUAAUUUUGGGGCUUAGGAAUGUUCUCCGUAACCCUCUCCCUCACAACUCUAGCAGUCUGGAUUCUCCCCAAGUUCACCCUCACUCCACACGUCUCCCCCACCCCCAACUCCCAUCACUCCCCUUUCACCCCCUUCUGUCUCAUUUAGCUCCACUAUGACAGGGCCACAGCAUAAAACGUCCCUAAAUUUUCCCAUCCUUCCGGCCUUUCCCAAAUGCCCUCAGUCUUCCCUCUCCCACUCCUAUGAAGCCCCACCGCAACUCCUCUGCAGGCAGCACGCCCGGACGCUGUGGUACGACAGGCCCAAGUACGUGUUCAUGGAGUUUUGUGUUGAGGACAGCACCGAUGUCCAUGUACUCAUCGAAGACCACCGUAUUGUGUUCAGGCUCCAUUGUCUCCUCAGCUGCAAGAAUGCGGAUGGAGUGGAGUUGUACAAUGAGAUUGAAUUCUAUGCUAAGGUGAACUCCAAGGACUCCCAGGAUAAGCGCUCUGGUCGCUCCAUUACUUGCUUUGUGAGGAAAUGGAAGGAGAAGGUGGCCUGGCCCCGACUCACCAAGGAGGAUAUCAAGCCAGUGUGGUUGUCUGUGGACUUUGAUAACUGGAGGGACUGGGAAGGGGAUGAAGAGGUGGAGCUGGCUCAGGUGGAGCAUUAUGCAGAGCUUUUGAAGAAGGUCAGCACCAAGAGACCUCCCCCUGGCAUGGAUGACCUGGAUGAUGAUUCUGACAGUGCUGAUGCAACAAGCACUUGAGUAUGGCUGCAUAGGAUGGCAGGAUAGGAGAGGAGUAGGCUGUUGGAGCUCCUGACUUUCUACCAAUUACCUGUAAUCUUUGUGUUUGGACCAGUCAUCAGGUCUCUGUUGAGUAUUCGAGCAUGUGUAUAUACUUGGUAGAGCAAAAGCCAAAGAAGCAGCAGGUAGAUUAUAAUAAAUCUGUAAGAACUGUU